CAGACGCCCCUUAACUUUGCAGUCUAGCCCUGGGCUCCACCGCGUCCCUGGUUCUCCUUCGUGUUCUUCCUCCUCUGACGGACGGACGUUGGACAGGAUUCUCUGCAGUCCAGUGGUAAAGCGUGGCUGCCCGUGUGUCCCGACUCAUGGGAGAGCUGCCCGGGGAAGAGGCCACGACCAUGGGGGAUGUGAAGCUGGCUGCCUCAACACAGGUUUCUAAAGCUUCCAUCAGUGUGGAUCACUCGAGAGCCGGUUCCGUGCCCCUGACCGAGGCCCCUGCUUUCAUUGUGCCCCCUCGGAAUCUCUGCAUCAGAGAAGGAGCCGCCGCCAAGUUCGAAGGGAGGGUCCGGGGUUACCCAGAGCCCCACGUGACGUGGCACCGAAAUGGGCAACCCAUCACCAGUGGGGGCCGCUUCCUUCUGGACUGCGGUAUCCGGGGAGCUUUCAGCCUUGUGAUUCAUGCUGUCCGGGAGGAGGACAAAGGAAAGUAUACCUGUGAAGCCACCAAUGAUAGUGGUGCCCGCCAGGUGACUGUGGAGUUGACGGUGGAAGGGGGCUUUAUGAAGAAGCAUGGUCAGCCUGCUGUUUCUAAAACCUUGGGGGACAGAUUCGCUGCCCCUGCCGUGGAGACUCGUCCUAGCAUCUGGGGAGAGUGCCCGCCAAAGUUUGCUACCAAGUUGGGCCGAGCCAUAGUCCGAGAAGGACAGAUAGGACGGUUUUCAUGCAAGAUCACUGGCCGGCCCCAACCGCAGGUCACCUGGCUCAAGGGAGAGGUUCCCCUGCAGCCAAGUGCCCGUGUGUCUAUGUCUGAGAAGAAUGGGGUACAAGUUCUGGAAAUCCACGAGGUCAGCUGUGAUGAUGUGGGCGUGUACACAUGCCUGGUGGUGAAUGGGUCAGGGAAGGCCUCCAUGUCGGCCGAGCUUUCUAUCCAAGGUUUGGACAAUGCCAAUAGGUCACUGGUGAGAGGAACAAAGGCACCCAGUUCAGAUAUCAGGAAGGAAGUGACCACUGGAACCACACAGGGGCCGAAAGUGGACAGCCUGGAGUCUGCCACUGAAAGAAGGAACUGCUCCAGUGCCCAGAGAGGGAGCUCCCUGACCUGGGCCCCAAGUAGCCAGCCUCAGCCCCUGCAGGAGUCCCAGCCAGAGCCAUCCGAGGACUCAUCCAGGAAGGCCCUGAGGAGUCCCAUCUUACAGAAGACUUCCAGUACCAUCACCCUGCAGGCUGCAAAAGUCCAUCCGGAACCCAGAGCACUGAUCUUGUCUUCUGGAGAAGAGAGGGAGUGGCCAGCUGCAUCCGCCCUAGCCACUCACCCUACCAGGCAGACUGGUCUGGGAAGCCAGGAGGUGGUGAGCAAGGUUGCUACCAGGAAAAUCCCCAUAGAGAGCCAGAGGGACUCCACCUUCCCCAAAUUUGAGAGCAAGCCCCAAAGCCAGGAAGUCAGUGAAGAUCAGACAGUCAAGUUCAGAUGCGAGGUUUCAGGGACCCCAAAUCCUGAAGUGACCUGGUUCCUGGAAGGUGCCCCCGUGAGGAGACGAGAAGGCAUGGUUGAGAUUUAUGAAGAAGGCGGAUGCCAUUACCUCUGCCUGCUGAGAGCGCGGCCCAGGGACAGUGGGAGCUAUAGCUGCACGGCCUCCAAUGUCCGGGGCCAGGUGUCCUGUGGUUGGACGCUCCUGGUGAAACGCCUGGCCGCACUGGAGGUGGCACCCUCGUUCUCCAGGGUCCUGAAGGACUGCACUGUCGUCGAGGGCCAGGACUUUGUGCUGCGGUGCUCAGUGCAGGGGACCCCGGUCCCCCAAAUCACUUGGCUGCUCAAUGAGCAGCCCAUCCAGUAUGCUCACUCCUCCUGUGAGGCCGGCGUGGCCGAGCUCCACAUCCAGGACGCCCUGCCGGAAGAUGACGGCAUCUACACCUGUCUGGCCAAGAACACCGUGGGGCAGGUGUCCUGCAGCGCCCGGGUCACUGUCCAUGAAAAGAAGAGCGACAGGAAGAGCGGGUCCCUCCUGCCUGCAGCUCCCAGCAAGCCCGUCGCACCAGUCUUCCUGCAGGGCCUCUCCGACCUCAAAGUCAUGGAUGGAAGCCACGUCACCAUGACAGUCCAGGUGUCAGGGAACCCACCCCCUGAGGUCGUCUGGCUUCACGAUGGGAAUGAGAUCCAGGAGUCGGAGGACUUCCACUUUGAGCAGAAAGGCACUCAGCACAGCCUCUGUAUCCAGGAAGUGUUCCCAGAGGACACGGGCACAUACACCUGUGAAGCCUGGAACAGUGCCGGAGAGGUCCGCACCCAGGCGGUGCUCAUGGUGCAAGAGCCUCAGGAUGGUACCCAGCCCUGGUUCAUCAGCAGGCCUCGCUCAGUGACAGCCUCCCUGGGCCAGAGUGUCCUCAUCUCCUGUGCCAUCGCUGGGGACCCCUUCCCCACUGUGCACUGGCUGCGAGAUGGCAAAGCCCUCUCCAAAGACACUGGCCACUUCGAGGUGCUACAGAAUGAGGGCGUGUUCACGCUGGUUCUAAAGAACGUGCAGCCUUGGCAUGCCGGCCAAUACGAGAUCCUGCUCAAGAACCGGGUUGGCGAAUGCAGUUGCCAGGUGUCACUGAUGUUACAGAGCAACCCCACCAGAGCCCCCCUGCGGGGGAGGGAGCCUGCCAGCUGUGAGGGCCUCUGCAGCCCAGGAGCCGGUGCUGAUGGUGGUGGCCGUGACUGCUAUGGGACCCUGAGGCCCGGCUGGCCUGCGAGAGGGCAGGGUUGGCCGGAGGAGGAAGACGGCGAGGACGUGCGGGGGCUGCUGAAGAGGCGCGUGGAGACUCGGCAGCAUACCGAGGAGGCCAUCCGCCAGCACGAGGUGGAACAGCUGGACUUCCGUGACCUCCUGGGGAAGAAGGUGAGUACCAAGACGGUGUCAGAAGAAGACCUCAAGGAGAUCCCAGCUGAGCAGAUGGAUUUCCGCGCCAACCUGCAGCGGCAGGUGAAGCCGAAGACCGUGUCAGAGGAAGAGAGGAAGGUGCACAGCCCUCAGCAGGUCGACUUCCGCUCGGUCCUAGCCAAAAAGGGGACUCCUAAGACCCCGGUGCCUGAGAAGGCACCUCCUCCCAAACCUGCCACCCCAGAUUUCCGCUCGGUGUUAGGCAGCAAGAAGAAAUUACCAGCAGAGAAUGGUAGCAACAGCGCUGAGGCCUUGAAUGCCAAGGCAGCAGAAAGUCCCAAGGCCGUGAGCAAUGCCCAGCCUUUAGGGUCCCUGAAACCCUUGGGCAAUGCCAAGCCUGCUGAAACCCUAAAACCUGUGGGCAAUACCAAACCUGCCGAGCCCACAAAACCUGUGGGCAAUGCCAAACCUGCUGAGACCUCGAAACCCAUGGGCAACGCCAAGCCUGCUGAGACCCCGAAACCCAUGGGCAAUGCCAAGCCUGCUGAGACCCCAAAACCCAUGGGCAAUGCCAAGCCUGCUGACACCCCAAAACCCGUAGGCAACGCCAAGCCUGCUGAGACCCUAAAACCCAUGGGCAACGCCAAGCCUGCUGAGACCCCAAAACCAGCUGGGAAGGAAGAACUCAAGAAGGAGGUUAAGAAUGAUGUGAACUGUAGGAGGGGGCAAGCAGGAGCCACAGAUAAUGAAAACAGGUCAGAGAACCAAGGGACAGCCCCAACCUUCAAGGAGAAGCUACAAGAUGUCCGUGUGACAGAAGGCGAGAAGCUGCUACUCCAGUGUCAGGUGUCCUCUGACCCCCCAGCCACCAUCACCUGGACACUGAAUGGAAAGACACUCAAGACCACCAAGUUCAUCAUCCUCUCACAAGAAGGCUCACUGUGCUCUGUCUCCAUCGAGAAGGCGCUGCCGGAGGACAGAGGCUUAUACAAGUGCAUAGCCAAGAAUGGCGCCGGCCAGGCUGAGUGCUCCUGCCAAGUCACCGUGGACGAUGCUCCGACCAAGGAGAAUGUCAAGGCCCCGGAGAUGAAAGCCCGGAGGCCCAAGAGCUCUCUUCCCCCUGUGCUAGGAACAGAGAGUGAUGCAACUGUGAAAAAGAAACCUGCCCCCAAGACGCCUCCGAAGGCAGCCAUGCCCCCUCAGAUCGUCCAGUUUCCCGAGGACCAGAAGGUGCGUGCAGGAGAGUCUGUGGAGCUGUUUGGGAAAGUGGCAGGCACCCAGCCCAUCACCUGUACUUGGAUGAAGUUCCGAAAGCAGAUCCAGGAGAGCGAGCACAUCAAGGUGGAAAACAGCGAGAAUGGCAGCAGGCUCACCAUCGUGGCCGCACGCCAGGAACACUGCGGCUGCUACACUCUGCUGGUGGAGAACAAGCUGGGCAGCAGGCAGGCCCAGGUCAACCUCACUGUCGUGGACAAGCCAGACCCCCCAGCCGGCACGCCCUGCGCCUCUGACAUCCGGAGCUCCUCGUUGACCCUGUCCUGGUAUGGCUCCUCAUAUGACGGGGGCAGUGCCGUGCAGUCCUACAGCGUCGAGAUCUGGGACUCGGUGGACAAAACGUGGAAGGAGCUAGCCACAUGCCGCAGCACCUCUUUUAACGUCCAGGACCUCCUGCCUGACCGAGAGUAUAAAUUCCGUGUGCGCGCCAUCAAUGUGUAUGGAACCAGUGAGCCGAGCCAGGAGUCUGAACUCACAGCAGUGGGAGAGAAACCAGAGGAGCCAAAGGACGAAGUAGAGGCAUCAGAUGAUGAUGAGAAGGAACCUGAGAUCGACUACCGGAACGUGACCGUCAACACUGAACAAAAAGUGUCUGACUUCUAUGACAUCGAAGAGAGACUAGGCUCUGGGAAAUUUGGACAGGUCUUUCGACUUGUAGAGAAGAAAACUGGAAAAAUCUGGGCAGGGAAAUUCUUCAAGGCAUAUUCCGCAAAAGAGAAAGAGAAUAUCCGGCAGGAGAUCAGCAUCAUGAACUGCCUCCACCACCCCAAGCUGGUCCAGUGUGUGGACGCCUUUGAAGAAAAGGCCAACAUCGUCAUGGUCCUGGAGAUCGUGUCGGGGGGUGAGCUGUUCGAGCGCAUCAUCGACGAGGACUUCGAGCUGACAGAGCGGGAGUGCAUUCAGUACAUGAGGCAGAUAUCAGAAGGGGUGGAGUACAUCCACAAGCAGGGCAUUGUCCAUCUGGACCUCAAGCCCGAGAACAUCAUGUGUGUCAAUAAGACCGGCACCAGAAUCAAGCUCAUCGACUUCGGUCUGGCCAGAAAGCUGGAGAAUGCGGGGUCUCUGAAGGUCCUCUUUGGCACCCCGGAGUUUGUGGCUCCUGAAGUCAUCAACUACGAGCCCAUCAGCUAUGCCACAGACAUGUGGAGCAUUGGAGUCAUCUGCUACAUCCUGGUUAGUGGACUUUCCCCCUUCAUGGGUGACAACGAUAAUGAAACCCUAGCCAACGUUACCUCAGCCACCUGGGACUUCGAUGAUGAAGCGUUCGAUGAGAUCUCUGAUGAUGCCAAGGAUUUUAUCAGUAAUUUGCUGAAGAAAGAUAUGAAAAACCGCCUGGACUGCACCCAGUGCCUUCAGCAUCCAUGGCUAAUGAAAGACACCAAGAACAUGGAGGCCAAGAAACUCUCAAAAGACCGGAUGAAGAAGUACAUGGCAAGAAGGAAAUGGCAGAAAACGGGCAAUGCUGUGAGAGCCAUUGGAAGACUGUCCUCUAUGGCAAUGAUCUCAGGGCUCAGUGGCAGGAAAUCCUCAACAGGGUCACCAACCAGCCCACUCAAUGCAGAAAAAUUAGAAUCUGAAGAAGAUGUGUCUCAAGCUUUCCUUGAGGCUGUUGCUGAGGAAAAGCCCCAUGUAAAACCCUAUUUCUCUAAGACCAUCCGUGAUUUAGAAGUUGUGGAGGGAAGCGCUGCUAGAUUUGACUGCAAGAUUGAAGGAUACCCAGACCCUGAAGUUGUCUGGUUCAAAGAUGACCAGUCAAUCCGGGAGUCCCGCCACUUCCAGAUAGACUACGAUGAGGAUGGGAACUGCUCUUUAAUCAUUAGCGAUGUUUGCGGGGACGACGAUGCCAAGUACACCUGCAAGGCCGUCAACAGUCUAGGAGAAGCCACCUGCACAGCGGAGCUCAUUGUGGAGACCAUGGAGGAAGGAGAAGGGGAAGGGGAAGAAGAGGAAGAGUGAAACAAAGCCAGAGAGUAGCAGCUUCUAAGUCGUUUUACAAAGACUAUUUCUCUAAAACUCAAAAAAUCCAAGAUAGUAAAAGCACCUAGUGUGAUAGAUUCUCUAGUUAGGUCAUUUGAGGGUUGACUGUUCAGCAACAGCAGGUGGUACCUAGCAGCAGCUAAUGAAGGGCAUUAAUGUGAAUUAGCUGGCCCCUUAAGAUACUAGCACAGCCAGAUUUCAUUUUGGGAAAUUACCAGUAACUUGCCUGAGCAGUUGAUGUUAGAAAGUACCCAAAAGAAAUCUUUAUCUGGGCAAAGUCAUAAAUUCCCUAGCUGAAAGCGCUUGUGAAAAAUAAGGCCCUGCGCUCACAGCUCGGCCCAGAAGGUCCCUGGAGAUGGAGAUGUGUCUGUCCCAGCUCCUCACUCCAGAGAACGGCGUCUCCUCCAGUCUGGCACACUUCAUCCUGAAAGCGGUUGAGCCAUUCUAACUUACGAGGCCCAUUUGAUUCCAAAGUAUACUGUAGACAUGCAAACUUUUCGUUUCUCUCCCCUGUUCCACCCUCCAGUUUUGCUGGCUCUGAACUUACCAGGAGUUUAAGCCCUAAGGAUGUGAUGCUUCUUAGGUGCUGAAAGACCGGUCUCCUGCUCCUGGAUGGCUGGCUUCCUUAGGCAAAUAGAAUCUCUUUUCCAAAAUCAGUAGGAAAUCUAAACUUAUCCCCUCUUUGCAGAUGUCUAGCAGCUUCAGACAUUUUUGUAAGAACCCGUGGAAAAAAAAAAAAUCCUUGCUAAUGUGCUUUUCUUCUGAAACCAGGAUUCGUAUUUGUGCGGUUACAGAAUAUCAGCUCUGCAUGUGUGAUAAGGAUUCCUGUGUUUGAAUGUAUGAAAAACCAGUUUGCUGAAAAGUUAGUCUGAAUUAUUUAUCGGCCACUAUGGAACAGAUUUCAACUGAUGAAGGGCUGUAGAACUGCACGUACUUUGGAAUCUCCUUCAGGGUAGUCUGAGUUGAACACACCUUCCAUGCCACACAAUCGCCAGAGAACUCUACCUACCUUAUGGGUUCCACGAUGUUUUCUUCUUGAACGUGCAUCGGUCAGGCCUUGCCCCCAACCUUCAAAUGUAUCCUUAGACCUGAUAAAUGCACUCAGACUUGCAUCUUUAGGAAUUUUUCUUUCACUACAUCGGCACUUAAAUUUUUCUUUAUAAACUUUUUGAAGGUCAUAAACAAAGACUAUAAGCCGAUAUGCCUAAUACAUUUCUCUGCGUGUGUGUGUGUAACAUUCCAAAUACCUUUUUCUUUUCCACUGUUUGUAAAGUGCAGCAAUUUCAUGUUUCAAGGGACUUUUUAAUAGUUCCUCAAGAACCAAUCUGAACUGACUUCAGUGCAACCCUACACAGUAUCAACUUUAGAACUUUGAUAUUAGUCUUAUGUUACCUUCCAUUCUAUUUUUAUCUGCUUUUUGCUGCUAGUUUCAAAUUUGCCAGUAUUUUUCUUUUUGCUUUUUAAGCAGUUAAACAAUUUUUUUUCAUAAUAGCCACAGUAUUGCCACAGUUUAUAAUAAAGGGUUUUAAAAUUUGAUUUAGAGCAUUUGAAGCUUUUCUUCACUUAGCUGUGUUUAGACUAUACUCUUUGUGUGCAUGUGUGUUGUCGUGUGUGCGCAUGUGUGGUGUGUGUGUUUGCUGCAGGUUUUUAAUGUCCUUGAAAUUGUGUUAAUGUUCUCCCAGUUUAUUAUGCCAUCGGAAUGGUAAAUGAGAACACUACGACUGUAGUUAGCUCACAGUUUUUAAAUAAAGGAUACCACAGUGCAUGCUGUU